CUAGCUAAACCCCUCCCAUUUGCCGUGCCUGCUCAACCCUCAUUCAAAACAGAUCACAGCUGUUGCAAAGCACACUGCCUUUAGGUGCUUCUGAAAUCUGCUGCCACAACGAAACGAGUGUUUCACCCGAAAAGAGGGACCUGGCACCCAUCUCAGUGUGAACCCAUGAAGGCCUUACCUUGGGUAGUAACCACCCAGCCCUCUGUCACCCUGCAGUGUGUCUGGUCCCAGAGGCUCGGCUCACCACUGCUGGCCUGUCUGGAGUGCACACACUGAGGAUGAGGAUGAGGAGUGGUCUCCUGCACUAACAGACUGAUGGUGUGGGAAUGAUGGACCUCCCCAAUGGCCAAUCAAGCAUCACCACUGCCUCUGAGAAGAGCAGCAGCUCAGAGUCUCUCAGUGAGAAGGGUUCUGAACUGAAGAAGAGUUUUGAUGCCGUCGUCUUCGAUGUCCUGAAGGUCACCCCGGAGGAGUAUGCAGGUCAGAUCACACUCAUGGAUGCUCCAGUGUUCAAAGCCAUCCAGCCUGAGGAGCUGUCGAGUUGUGGCUGGAACAAGAAGGAGAAGCACAGCUCUGCUCCCAAUGCUGUGGCCUUCACCCGCAGAUUCAACCAGACGACUUUCUGGGUGGUGAGAGAGAUCCUGCAUGCACAGACCCUGAAGAUCAGAGCUGAGGUACUCAGUCUCUACAUCAGAACUGCCAAGAAACUGUGUGACAUAAACAACCUGCAUGCAGUGAUGGCUGUGGUGUCAGGCCUACAAAGCGCUCCCAUCUAUAGACUCUCCAAGACAUGGGCGUUGUUGAGUCGGAAGGACAAAACAAUGUUUGAGCGGUUGGAGUAUCUCAUGGCCAAAGAAGACAACUACAAACGUCUCCGAGACUACAUACGCAGCCAGAGCAUGAACUCCUGCAUACCAUACCUUGGGAUGUAUCUGUCUGACCUGACAUAUAUAGACUCAGCGUAUCCCUCUACUGGCAGCAUCCUGGAGAAUGAACAGAGAUCCAACCUCAUGAACAACAUCCUGAGGAUAAUAUCUGACCUGCAACGCUCCUGCACCUAUGAUAUACCAGUGUUGCCUCAUGUCCAGAAGUAUCUCAACUCAGUCAGGUACAUUGAGGAGCUACAGAAGUUUGUGGAGGAUGACAACUACAAGUUGUCGUUGAAGAUUGAGCCAGCCACCAGCACCCCUCGCUCUACUGCCUCUAGAGAGGACCUUGUAGGUCCUGACGCUUCUACGUCUCCUCUCUGUGGCCAUAAGGGCCUCAUUGCAGACGGAACCAAAAUCCCUCCCACGCCCCCCUCCCCUAGGAACCUCCUCCCCUACGGACACAGAAAGUGUCACAGCCUGGGCUACAAUUUUAUCCAUAAGAUGAAUACAGUGGAGUUUAAGAGCGCUACGUUCCCCAACGCUGGUUCUCGUCAUCUAUUGGACGACAGCGUCAUGGAGAGCCACACCCCUGCAAGAGGACAAGCUGAGAGCUCAACGCUCUCCAGUGGCAUCUCACUGGGGAGCAGUGAAGGUUCAGAGCUCAGCGAGGAGAUGUCCUGGCCAGCCUUUGAGAGGACUCGGUUCUAUCACUCUCUGGGGCCUGUGACCCGCGUGGCCAGAAUCCCCUACAGAGGAGGCCUGAGGCCCAGCAGCUCGGCAGAGUCUGAGGAGUUAGCGGUGCACCUGUACCCUGGAGCCGUCACCGUACAGGGAGUCCUACGACGCAAGACUGUCCUCAAGGAGGGCAAGAAACCCACGGUAGCGUCGUGGACCAAGUUCUGGGUUGCUCUGUGUGGAACUCAGCUCUACUUCUACCCUGCCAAGUCCCUAAAGGCCACAGAGAGAAAGCAUUUCAAGUCAUCUAGCAGUAAGAGUGUGUGUGUCGUGGGGUUAAUGGCCAUCAUGGCAGACGACCCUGAACAUCCCGACAUCUUCCUGCUCACAGACUCUGAACAUGGCAACACCUAUAAGUACCAGGCAGGGAACAAAAUGAACGCCCUGCUGUGGUUCAAACACCUCAGUGCUGCCUGCCAGAGCAACAGACAACAGGUCCCAGCCAAUUUGAUGUCCUUUGAAUGAUUGCUGCUGAAGAGGACAGAACGAUAGAGAGAGAAAAGAAAGGAAUAGGGGAGGAGAUGAGAAGGAGGGUUAGUGACUUAGCAGCAGGAGCUUUCACUGCCAUGACCCCUGACCUAUACACACUGACCCCAGCCCCACGGCAACCCCCCCCCCCCACUGCCACCACUGCCUUAACUUAAGGAGCCGUGUGUGUGUAUGAGUGUGUUGAAGCAGUGGUUAAUUUGGCUGCGUAGAUUACUGAAUGGGGAACUACACCACUUCUCCUUUCUUAUUGUCUCCAUAGUUUUUUCCAGUGGACUAUCAACCUCGUGGAACUAUGGGAUGUCUCCUCUCCUCUUUCUUGGGAUGGAUGGACAUUAUUUAUCCUUUAUCCUUGUUUUUCAUCACUCCCCCUCUUCUUGACACACCGUGGUCUGGUGGAAGACAGUCUGCACUUUGUAGGGCAGGACUUACACAACAACACACUCACAAACAACACUGGACUAAGCCAAUGAAAUGGGAUUUUAAACACUUUUCUUUCACUCUUUGACUCACACACACAAGACCCCAAUGGUGUCUUCACACACUUGACAUGAGUUGGGCUCACAAAACUGACACUUUUCGCUCAUUCACAUAUGCACAAAUGUACACACAAGCACACACACUCGGACAAGUGGGAGUGAGCGUGUGAUUGCAGCAUUGUGAACAUGAAGGGCUCUGAUUCUCAAUCUAUUCCAGCAGAAUCUACUCCCACACACACAUCCUGAAUGUCUCCAACUGUUUUCUAUUCCAGAGCCUCCCCUUCUCGGGUCUAUGUAUGUGAGCGCGUAUGCUAGGUCACAUCACCGAUACCAUAAACCCAGUGUCUAAGCUUUCCUCUAUUCCACUGUUAUGGAACCAGUUAUAUCUCUUUUAGAAAUAGGCUUUGGGUUACUCUCUGGACAGCCGUCUGUGCUCUGUCCACUUGUUAAGGCUCUAGAUUCACCAGAACACACACACACAUUAACACUAAAGACUUGAAAGCUGUGAAAAGGUGAACGAUAGAGCAGAGUGAAAGAUGGGGGAGUAUUGAAGGGAAACUUGGGGAUUUUGGCAAUGAGGCCCUUUUAUCCACUUCCCCAGAGUCCGAUGAAGUCAUGGAAACCAUUUGUAUGUCUCUGUGUCCAGUAUGAAGGAAGUUGGAGGUAGUUUUGCGAGACAAUGCUAACUAGUGUUAGCGCAAUGGCUGGAAGUCUAUUGGUAUCUACUAGCAUGCUAACAGAUACCCAUAGACAGAGACAUACAAAUGGUUUCCAUGACUUCAUCGGACUCUGGGGAAGUGGAUAAAAGGGCCUCAUUGCCAAAAUUUCCCUUCAACACAAAUGAUGUUCUCAACUUGUUGUUUUGUUGUUGCUUUAACAUGAGUGGGAGAUUCAGGUCCUGAGCUAACCUGCUUCACAACUCUUGUGUGUGUUUUAUACACACAGACUGCUACACACGCACACACACACACACACAUUGCUGCAGACACACACAUGAAGCUAUCUGGAGCCAUUCAGAAUUCAUUUUAACGAUUUUGUUUAGUGUUUUAGUUUCCUUGGUGUGCUGGAUGUAUUGGCAGUAUUACCCUGUAGAUGACAUGCAAAUGUCUAGCUUGUUUUAAUUGUCUGUUACAUUUCUGUUACAUUUUAUUUUUGGUUUCUUCACUUUUUCUGACAAUUCUAUACCUUUUUUAAAUGUACUUGUUUUUGAUUUUAUUGUUGUAGUUUUUUAAUGUUUUCUCAGCUAUGAGUUUCUCACAUAGGAGUACGGUACAGACCUACUACACGCUAAGGCAGAGUUCACUGGCAGCCUCUAGACCUUUCCCCUGGUCCAUACUCCUGGCAUCUUCACAGGGGUGUGCCAAUGUACCAAACACAUUUUAUUUCAGAUUUGGGAGCAAGUGUUACAAUUAGAACAAAUUAAAUGAAUAUGUUUUUGGGGAAAGGAAUAAGGAUGGUGUAGUAACAUAUAUUCUGAUACUAGUCAUCUCAGAAAGGACUUAUAGCUUUAAUAGUGAUUUAUCCUACAUUAUAAACUGGGUGGUUCGAGCGAUGAAUGCUUAUUUGGCUAAAGCUGCGGUAUAUCAGACCGUAUACUGUACCAUGGGUAUGACAAAACAUGUAUUUGUACUGCUCUAAUUACGUUGGUAACCAGUUUAUAAUAGCAAUAAGGCACAUUGGGGGUUUGUGAUAUAUGGCCAAUAUAUAACAGUCCUUUGCUGUGGUAUAUUGGCCAUAUACCACACCCCCUCGGGCCGUAUUGCUUAAUUCUCUCCUGUCUCUGUCUCAACUUGAUAGUCAGGUUAGGUCCUGACUUGUAACAAUGAUUUACAUCUCCCAUAUGUUCCUACAGCUAUGUUUGUCUAUUUUAGUUAGCAUGUCAAUUGUCUACUUACAACCGGAGGUCCAGCAAGUUCGCAUAAUAUUCCUCACACCUCAAACAGACACUGUACUCUAGCAGCAAGAGACUCCAUCUCCCAAGGGCCUUGUGUGGCAGCUGUUGUCUCUUAGGUCCUCUAGAGGCUGAGCUAAUGGGAGUAGGUAGGUAGAACUUAUCCCUAACCACUGAUAUAUAGGGCCAGACUUUUAUUCACCCCCUAAUGGCUUGGUGUAAUCUGAUCCUAGAUCUGAGGCUAAGGGCAACUUCUACAUACUCCAUUUCAAUGACCUACAGAGGCUCAUUUCAGAUGGUCAACUCCUCAGCUCCUGGUAGUUAUCCCAGCAUGACCCCCCCCCCACACACACACACAUCUACACCAUCAGCUCCAUUAACAGCAAUGCUCCAGCAGGGCUCUGUCAUACACAGGAAGCCAGAGAAAGAGAGGAAUGAGAGGGGUAGUGUUCGUGGUACAAAGGGAUGAGAGGAAAGUAAUAGUAUGAGUGUGUAGAACUUUUCAUUUGUAUUUUUUUUUAAUUAUACCUUAUUAAGAUUAGAUAGGCAGAGCCUCUAGGCUGUCAUUUCCUCACUGUUGAGCAGUGUGUAGAGCUCUGUGGGAAGUGGUAUGGCAUAUUCUAUGUGGAGUGAGUAUGAACAGAGAGUUGAAUGAAUCUAGUACAGAUGGUGGGGUGCAGGAGUUGGACAGUGAAGCAAUCGGACAGAAGCUGCCCACAGAAGACCAGCAGAGGCAAACGCAGUCUGUUUCCCCUCUGUUGUCCUCUUUGAGUGCCCUUGAGCUUUUACAAUCUGUUAGGGUGGGCUUUUUUUGUUUCUGAGAACUUUCUGAAUGUCAAAAAGGUUUGUGAGGUUUCCACAUUUUAACCAAAAUUUACAAGGUUUCUGUGUCAAUGUACAAAUGCACAAUCGUGUGUACUGUCUGAGUGAAGUUACUUUUUGGAUUUGUCUGCAGGUCUCAUUUUUUAUUUUCCUUUACAUUUCAGCUGAGGUGACUGGUUUACACAGGAGGGGGGUGUUGUGGUGUUGUGUGUGCGCUGUAGGAAUGGAGAAGUACCCUGUAGCCAUAGUUAAGCAUAUUCCCUCCAAAUCCUAAUUUUAACCAUAGGGAAAAUGUAUAACUGACCUUGGAUCAUUGUCUAGGGCGACAUCUACCUACUCUACUCCAUAUGGCUCAGUUGGAGAGUGAUGUUUAUGAUGUGUUGAAGACGUCACUUAGCUCUGUCCAUGCCCCAUGAACUGUGGGGUGUGUCCAUGUGCCAUCCCUGUACCACCUGUUUUCUGACCCUGGUGAGGACCCACCCAUGUCAUGUGGCCCAGGUUUGCACUAUGACCUCUGAACUGAGAGAUGUGACCCGAGCCUCAUCCAGACAACCAAUAAACACUCUGCCCUUUUUAUACUCUGUCCCUUUGGUUCACUUUUAUUUAUUUAAACAUGGUUUCAGCUAAAUGUGGUGUAUGAAUGUGUGUGUAAGGCCAGGAAUUUUGACCUACCACAUGAACUGUUAAACCACAUGAACUGUUAAAUGUCCUGGACAGUGCUUGUGGUUAGAAAAAAAACUUGUGUGUCUAAGCUGGUGUUAAUACAUUUUAGGUCCUGAUUGACCUACAAUCCUUCCUACUGAAAUAAACCUACUUGAAUUGUUGAA